AUGGAUAUCCAAGACGAAUUAUUAAGAUAUAUUGAAAUUCAACAUCAGCAAUCGUGGCAAACGCUGGAUAAUUUGCAACAAGAAAUUCAACAUACCCAGCAAAAAUUACAAAAUUUGCAACAAGUGCAGUCGCUGGGAAAAUUCACAACAGCAACAACUUGUAGCUAUUCGCAAGAGGAACAAUUUCAGCAGUCGCAACAGGUUCUGGAGAAGCGAUCACAAGAUCAGCCGAUGCUAAUUUUUGACAACAUAGAACCUUCCCAUAAUAUAGAAAAUCCAAAUUAUAUGAAUAUGCGACCCUCAUUGUUUCCAAACACGGUCACAUCAACGGUUCAUUCUCAAAACAUGUGUAACUGUUCAAAAAGAUUGAAAAAAGAGCGGACCACAUAUUCUUCAAAACAAUUGUUUCACUUGGAAGAAAUGUUUAAAGUUGAUCCAAAAUUAAGUACGGCUGAUAAGCGGAAAUUGUCAACAGAGUUGAAGCUUACAGAAAAGAAAAUUAUGACAUGGUUUUCAAACAGACGUGCAAAAGAAAAGAGAUUGAAAAUGUCAUCGAGUAUGGGUUUAAAGAUUUUACAGCCCGGCGAUUCUGCCGUUUCGCAGCCUGGCGGCGGCCCAUCGUGCAGUUAUCUUGCUCCGUCACACAAUGACCGAGUUCAAAUUAUGAACACAGAUUUUGUCUCAACACCGUAUCCCAACAAUGCGUCUACGUCGGGCUCGUACUCCAUGGUUUCCGAAAUAUACCAAAACCAAACCAAUUCGACUCUGGCGCAUCAGUUCGAGGAAGUCUACAUAAACUUAAAGGAGUCAAACGUUUGUCCAAUAUCCGAGCAGUCUUACGAGAAUUACUCAAUCUUGGAAUAG